AUGAGCUUGAAAGAAGUAUUCGAACAACAUCCAUGGAGGUCAUUUAAGAAGUUCAAUGAAGCUGCAAAGAGUUGGGGAUUUACUAACAGAGCUGAAGUGAAAAGGUUCUUUGACAAAAAUGUUGUACAUCAAACAAAAAUAAACCCUUACGACUACUUUUUACCAAUUUACUCCAACACUCCUGACGCAUACCAAUUUGACACUCUCAUUCAAAGCAGAAAAGGAGGACAUAAACCAUUCCUCAUCUUCAUUAAUGUUAACACUCGCAAAGCAUAUGCAUAUCCAAUGAGGAAUAAAGGAACUCGUGAAGUGUUAAGAGUUUUACAAAAGUUUGUAGCAGAACAUAGCCCAAGUACUUUAACAUCAGACCAAGACAGUGCAUACCUCAGCAAUGAAAUCACAGAUUUUCUCAUUAAGCAUAACAUAACUCACUACACUACUGAAGACCAUAACCAUAACAUACUCGGCAUCAUAAACCGCUUCAUAAGAACGCUCAGAGAUUUAAAUCAAGAGCGAGACUUUACCGAAGAAACAAUGAAACAUUUUCUCGAAGUAUAUAAUUCCUCAACACAUUCUACAACAGGACAUACACCAAAUUCAAUGACACAACAACAAGAAGAAAAGUAUAUACAAAAGAA